ACAGCAAACUGACAGCAAACAUUCCAGAAUUCUCUAGUCAAAAAGGUGUAAGAUACUCUUCGCGGUAAUCUAUGUAAUAUAUGAGUUUUAGUGCAGCAAUAAUUUGCAGUAAAUAAAUUGCAAGUGAUUUAAACGAGAAAAUUAUUAAUUGCAAUUUGUUCAACUACAGUUUGUGGUUUGCGCAAAACUAUUGAAUGUAGUGCAUAGUGUCUACCUUCUAAUUUAACAUUUUGUGUAAUUAACAGUGUACCACUCUUCAUAGUUUAAAAUUACUGUGUAAAACGUGCAGAAAUGGAGAGUAAAAUACAAGAGUUGAAAAAGGAUAUUGCAGAGUUAGAAAUACUAUAUAACCAAGCUCAGCGCCGGAAAGUCAAAGAUAUUUUAACUUUAGAAAUCAGAAAACUUUCUGACGAGUUAUCUAAAAUCGAAAACGAAAUCAGGACAAGUUUAAAACAGUCAACACCAAUUUGUACAAGCAGAUGUUAUGAAGUGAAAAUUACAAAUUAUGCAUGGGAUCAAUCGGACAAGUUUGUCAAGUUCUAUGUUACAUUACCAAAAGUACAUACAAUACCCCAAGAAAAUAUAUAUUGUAACUUUAAUACAAAAUCAUUAGAAUUGCAUGUAAUGAAUCUGGACAAUAAAAAUUACCUGCUAGCAAUAAAUAAUCUUCUCAAACCUGUGGUUCCUGAAAGCAGUAAUUGGAAAGUAAAAACAGAUAUGGUAAUUGUAAAUGUUGCAAAAUCUGAUAGCAGUAAAUGGGAUUUUGUGACUGAAAUGGAACAACGUUCGCAUGAAUCAAGAAAACUUCCUAAUUUGGAUACUGAUGAGAAUAAGGAUCCUUCAGAAAUGCUUAUGAAUCUCAUGAAAAAUACAUACGAACAAGGAGAUGAUGAGAUGAAGCGAACAAUUGCAAAAGCAUGGUAUGAAAGUCAGAAGAAAGGUACUCCUUAUUAGAUAUAAGAAUAAAUACCUUUUAAUAUGUAGGUACAUCAAAACUGUUUAUGAAGAUAAAAAAAUAUUUCAUCUAAAAUGAUUGCUUUAUAAUUGGUCAGUGUAAUUUCAAACGUUUCUUGUAAGUAAUAAAGAAAAAAUUGAAUUGU